UCUGGGUGACCCUGACAGCCUGUCACCCUGUUUGGUAUUCCCUCUGCUGUUCUGUUGCUGACUGCUGUGCUGUCUUGUGCCGCGGUGCCGGGUCUUGUGGCGCCCCGGAUGGCUGCAGUUGCCCUCACUGUUUCUGUCAGAGUUCAGGGCUUGAGCAGUCCAUGUGGCUGUUCACUCCGGCACUCCACCCCCUCCCGUCCCCAACCAUCGCCAUCUCGAAAUUCCCUCCUAUCCCCCGGUCGCCUCGCCACUCCACCAUAUCUCCGUCUGAUAUUCGCCUUUAUACCGUGUACAUACAUACUUACCAGCUACCUUACCGGAUGCGUCUUUCGUUUAUCACAUCUUGCCUCCCAUCUCCUGUAUCAUUGAUCCUCUAUUGUCGAUACCCUUCCAGAUGUAAUCCACCCACCGCUUCCCCAUUUCCGCUCUACACCGAAUCAUCCGCCCUUGUGUCAAAGUUCAUCCUCGCAAUCAUGUCACUACGCUGGGUAUGACGGACCGUUCAGGAAGGAGGAUGCACCCCGUGGCUCCUCAGGUCGUUCGACCCAUGGGACGGCCUCCUCGCCCGCGGCGAUUCACGAGGCCACUACCGCCCAGCAAUCGCGAUGCCUCGUCCUCGACCCUUGCGACCACCCUCCCGCCCGCUUCGACGCAUGAUUCCGUCGUGAACUUGGAAACAAAGGGUAAAGGGGACGGCACAUCGUCGAAUCCCUCGGAAUGGAGCACCAUCGAUGUCCGGUCGUCCGCCUCGAAUUCCACCCCCCAGACUCCGCUCUCCGCUGGCGACAACAAGGAUAGCUGGUCGGCUCCGGAAUCGAGUGUUCGCCAAACUUCGACGGCCCAGCACGAGAGGCCAGCAGCACUGCUCUCGAUUGUUGGUCCCGGGCCGCCUGAACCCUCUGCGAAAAUAAUGGCUGCCCCGUCGUUGACGCUUCCUCUACCAUGUCGUCCUGCCGCUCCUCGAAUCCAACCCCCACGGCCAAAACCGAUCGGAGAGACCGACGCGGAACCCCCGCGAACAGCAGUAACAGAUGCAAAUAUUCAGAUCGCUAAGCCGCCCACCGUUUCUAUGCGAUAUCCUCACGAGAGUAUGCCUGCUUCACAGUCGCAAAAUGCUUCUCUGACAUGGACGAUAGGAUCGGCCGACUUCUUUCCUUGGAAGGGCAAUCACGUCGAGGACAAUCUUACUGAGGGGGUAGUUAAAGCCGGCUUUAUUCGACAGUCGAUUGUCCAGAACGAUGCGAGCAGUGCUCGGAAUUCUUUCUCUCCGCUUCUAAAAUCCAAAGGCGGCCUCCCCGCUCUGUCAGCCCUGUUUGUCUCCAUUCUUGAGAAGAGGCAAACACAACGACGCUUGGCCGCGCAAUCGACCUUCAAACCUCCACCUCGAGUCACGGCCAAUGAAAAGAAGCGGGAAGGGUGGUUCAAGGAUCUCGCGAAUCCUGCGGUCCCGCUACGGCGGUUGACCAAGGCAAUCCCACAUGGGGUCAAGGGCAAGCUCCUUCUAGAACUAUGCCUCACCAACCGGGUGCCUCCGCCCCGUGCCGCCUGGCUUGCCAAAUGCGUGGGAACGAAUGAGAUGCGGGCCUUCAAACGGAAAGGAGCAGGCGGAUCCGCGACGCUUGGGGGCGAACAGAAGUGGAUUCGCGAGUGGACAUCACAGGUCGAGCAAUUCGUGGAUGGAACCAUCGCAAACUGUCCCCAGGUCGAUUGGAAAGAUAAGAUGCAAUACGCAAUCCGGCUGUCGUCGCACUUAUAUUCCGAGCGCCUCCUUGAUCUGGACCAUUUCCUGGACUGGAUACUUGUUGGCCUGGACUCGUCCCGAGAAAAACUGCCUAUUUGGCUCGUCAUGGUCGAAAUCUACUGGUCUCAUUUGAUAUGCACUAGGAAACGUGGCCGAACUCUCGGAGAGGGUCUGCUGGAGCAAUUGAGAAAGAUAUGGAUGGAAGAGUCAGACAGUGUGUUGAAACCUCUGGCGGACCGAUUAAGCAGUCUGGUUGCCAAAUUAAUGGUUUCGCACCGCGAUUGUUUGGUUCUGCCUUAUCGCUGGAUCGACUUUAAACCAACGCUGGACCGAGUUUCCGAAGAGCACAAGCUUGCUGUCCAUGAGCUCCAGCUGGCCGUCGAGGAUCUGGAUAGGCGCAUUGCACGACUGCACGGUCCCAAGGACCUCUCUGACGCCGAGACCAGCAGCUGGCACAAUAAGCUGGUUCGAAAGUUCGACCAAGCGUAUCAGGACUCUGAUAUCGACCGGUUAUCGGAGUUAUGCUUGUCCAUCGCGGCUUCCGGGAACCAGCUGAUAUUAUUCCUACUUAAGUGGGCGUGUUCCCAGUUCCGGACGGGACAGUGGCGACAAUAUCUUGCGGUUCGGCUGCUACGUAGGUGGUACUCGGUUGGCAUGGACGUGGAUCAUUCGAUCCUGUCGUUUCUCCGGUCGGUCGGACCUGAGUCCGGCGUCAUUAUCAGUGACGCAUACGAUAUUGUCGGUCACCUUACUCGCUCACGGCAUUUUUCCGUUAACAAAUACUUGCAAUGGCUCAUUGCGACGGGGUCCCUGAGUACACCUUCACGCGCCAGCGGCAUGCAAGAUACACAUGUCCGCCUACUCUCCGAGAUACCCUUGGAUGGAUUGCCGGACCAUGUUCAGAACCUAAGAAUCGCCCUCCUCGCUUCUGUGGACCAUCAAGUCUCGAAUGAUGUGGAGAGAAUGACUUCGUUGCGAUCGGAUAUUGCCAGCACGCUGCAUUUGGGACCACCAGCCAAUGCUGAGCAUCGCGAAGGAUUCGGUGUCUCGGACCUAGCGGAACUCCCAGCAUCCUUUCGGUUUGCCCUUUCCGGAUGGCUCCGCCAUGAGGUGGAAUGCAUGACGCCGCCACCUUCACCAAUCGAUACAAGAGUGGAGCAGCCGGACGGCUUUCAAGAAGAUGGCAAUACCAUAGCUUUAUUCCAAUUCUACGAAAUGCGGAGGAUAUUGGAGGAAUUGAGAGACUUCCCGAUCUUUGCAGACAUCCUGUCCCUGGUUUCGACGUCGACCAACUCCGUAUUGCUCGCUGCGGUUGCCGAUACGCUGAACCACCAUUCUCGAAUCUUCGCGGCCAUCGGUGCGUUGGAGCCUUUGUUCGACCGCCUCGUAGAACGCCACCGAGUGGUUCGCCUGAAGCAGCCGGAGCGUACAUUUCUUGUUGCCCUCGCCGAUCUAGGAAGAACCGUACGAUGCCCUGCGCGCAUCGUGCAGCAACUAAGAUACGAUAUCACAAGAUGCGAACAGCGUGCUGCCAUCGCUAUAUGCUCUCCGGUUUCGGACCUGAUGGCCGAGAACCUUGCUGGCGGUUGCCUCGAUGCCGAUGACGAGGUCGAUAAAGUCCUCAGCAGCGGAACGAGCAUGGACGAACAAGUUAUGGUUCGGGUAUUCAACGUUAUGGUGGCACGUCUGGACGAGCACUUUCGGGAGUCCCAAGUACUUGCCUGUGCUGUUGGAUCUCGAUUUGUAAAGUUGAGGUCCUUUGACGAGAAAGUGUUUGAUCAACUCCUUCUGGAUUGGAUCGGCAAUUGUCUCACAUGCAAUCAACCCGGCCUGGUUAGAUUCGCGGUACCCGUCCUCGUCAGCAACGAAUGUUUGGGCAUGAGCCGGCUUGUUGACCAUAUGGAGGCGACCUUCAUUACCCUCCGAAGCGAAAAUUCGGGGCUUGCCGCCGUCAUCGCAACCACUGCGCUGGAGAUGGUUUUGCCAAAGACAUCGACGAAUUUAUACGAUGAGGGAACAAUUUACAGAUACCGACUGGCCCAGACCAAAUAUUGUGGGGAGCAUCAGUUCAAGAUUCUUCGACUCGUUCAAACUAUGUUUGAUGACCCCAAGAUACUUGCGAGCGCCAGGCAGGCGGGUGAACUUGAUUCAUUGCUUGAAGGUGAUGCGUUCCAAGCAAUUUUGAAGAAUGCAGCGGUUUCCGUCAACGGUGGACUGGACGUGCUGCUUGCGUCCAGCGAUGGCCUUUUCCAGAAUGCGCUUUGCAGGCUCCUUGACCCAGAUGGGCGCCGUUCCCUGCAAAAUGCGGAUCACGCAUCACAAAUUUCAUCCAUUGUCCUUUCUGCGGACGAGAUCAAUGCCGAGUUUUGCAAAGCUCGCGCGAAGUAUCUGUUGACAGCUUGUCCCUCCGACGAGAAGAUCCAAGCCGCUCUGAUCACGGCAUUGAAAAACGCCGUGGAGCAGGGGCGUCCCAUCUGGGCGGAAUUUGCCAGCUUGGACCGGCGGAUUUCGCAGACGCUAUGUGAAUUUUCCGAGACGUUCAUCUUCACGGCGGCAAACAAGUUCGCGAAGGGUUGCAGCGAGCAGCGAACCGGCCAGAUGAUGCCAUCUCUAACGGAAAACGACCAAGGCGCCGUUCCGACUCGCCUUGAAGUUAUCGAUUACACCGCCUCGAGCCUGCCAAGGGAAGCACACGUUCAAUUCUUGGCGGCAGCUUUUGAUCGACUGAAGGCUCUUGGCGAGUUGCUCCCCACGGAGAUGGAUCUCACGACAAGCGGGCCAGUGGAAGCCAAGGCCAUGCUCCCACGUAUUUGCCGAUGGAUUGAGACAUUUGUGCACCUCGCCAUGGUGCAUGGGGAUCUUCUUCGGACGACCAAGAAUAUCUUGCCCGAUGUUCCAGGCUUCCUGUGCGUUUUAUGUGCUCUGAUCAGCCAUCCGGUUUUGAACCAUUGCACUGCCACAUCUCAGUUACUCUUUGACGUCGCAGCUAUCUUCGCUGACGACAUUACGGAUGAGCAGCGACUCGCCGUUGCAAAACUCGACGGUUCCCGACAGUACGGCGACCCACGUAUUGUGUCCCUUUUCGGUCCUCAGAGUUCGACCGAUACUUGGCCUGGGCUCUAUGUUGGCCACGAGCCACUGAACCCAUCAGGAUGCGGAACACAACCAUUCUUACCAUUCCAAGCUCUCCAACCCCAACAUUCAAAUCUCGCUAGCCUUCCCAGGACGCCGGUAACCGCUGCCCAACAAGUAUCAACUGCGCGUUCUAGCUCGAUGCAGCGAAUCGCUUCCUCCCAAAGCAUGGCGGGUAUUCCUCCUGUUCCUUUCCAUAUCCGGCGCUGGGAGCUCCUGCCCGAUGUCGGCACCAAUGUCAACGCGAACGACACGGCAUUGAGCUUGACCCUCUUUGGAGCUCGGCGGGUCUGGACCGCACCCGGAGAGUAGCGAGCGGAGGAAUCUCCGCCAGGCUCUUCCCAUAAACCAAGUCUCCAUCUCCUUUGUUGAUUUGCCCCUAAAGCACGGGUUAGCGUUCCUAUGUCCCUGUUUUCUGCAUCUUUGGAAGGGGUCCACGAUCUUCGUUGCAUAUCCGGCGCAUAUUCUUGUAGCGUUCUUCAUUACUCAUGAUAUCCCUGGGCAUUUCGGCCAUUACAUGUACGAAGGUGGGAUGCGGGAUGAUGAUAUGAUAGCAUGGAUAUUGUUGAACAGGGCGACCCAUGUUCACGGCAUUUUAUAUACCCAGUACGGAGAAUGCGAUGAUGAUAUGCUAUGGGUAUCGGUUUAGUAAGAAUUAUUUACUACCAUGUACUA